UUAAUAUAAGCUUAUACGUUGAAGUGUACGGUAGUCCCUUAGUCUGAUUCAUACGCAAAACGUGGUCGUCGAAAUAAAUAAAUCCCACUGCCGGUGUAGGCUCGAAGCUACAGCUGCACAGUAAAGUUAAAUUUAGUAAUAGUAGCUGGCGGGUGCCAAAGCUGGUAGCUAAAGCUCGCAGUAGUCGUACACGUGCUCAGCUAUACGGAUUAUAAAUUUCUUUUUUAAAAUCAAUUAAAUUACGUAAUUUUGAAAGGUAAAUUAGUGAAACUCAACAUGUUGAUGCCGAGUAGUACGAUUGGUGGCGCGAAUGAUGCGGAAAAUCUAGUUGGCGGAUUAGGAGGACUGGGAAUGUUAGGGGCUACAAACACCCUUAAUGGGACGGGACUACAAAGUAAAGAUACUACGUGGACUAAAUUAUUUGUCGGUGGAUUGCCGUAUCAUACAAGUGACAAAUCUUUGCGGGAACAUUUCGCUGUUUAUGGCGACAUCGAGGAAGCCGUUGUUAUUACGGACAGACAGACUGGAAAGAGCCGGGGGUACGGAUUUGUGAUAAUGGGGGAACGGACUGCAGCGGAAAGGGCUUGCAAGGAUCCGAAUCCUAUUAUUGACGGAAGAAAAGCUAACGUUAAUUUGGCGAUACUAGGAGCAAAACCUCGAGGAAAUGUACAAGCGGGGUUUCCAUUCCCUGGAGUGCGAACCGGCUACCCGACUUUGCUACCGGGACAAUACGGCUAUUUGUCCCUAAGGGCAAAUGAUGAUUCGUUAUUCCGUAUGCUUUGCAGAUUAGGAAUUGGCUGAGACGUAUCCCGAAUCACCGUUCAUAACGCCUCAAAGAUACAAAUGUAAUGAUUUAAAGUUACUUCGAUGAGUGUUGUGAGUGCGUGUGUGUGUGUGGGAUUUUAAUUUGAUUAGUAUUGAGCUCCACUUAUUAAAUAUCCAAAUAGCGGUUGAGGGGCCGCGAAAUCAUAAAUCCAAAUCCCCAGGUAUCCCAUCUGAAAUGAACGCGGCCCCACAAACGCUUCUUGCACGGUGGAGUCCGCCUUCCCAAUCGUGCGGCGGACACCCAGAUUUAAUGUUUGCUGUGAGGUUUUCGUUUUCUUUUGGUGCUGAUUACUUUGAUGUUCGUUCCUUUUUCUGUAACUCACGACUGCAAUGUAACACUAACGCGACACUAACAGGAUGUCGAUGUGCUUUAUUGUCAUUAUUAACCUGGGGCGUGUUACACUGCAGCCGGUGGUGGCGGUGUAGAAGCGAGUGUUUGUGUGUCUGGCUUGCGCGGAGGCGCACCGUCGCGACGCGGAAUUGUAUUGCAAAUCCUGAUCGUACCUUUUGUCACAAUUAUUUGUAGAUUGUGUAUUUUUGUAGAUCUAGACUUAGUGUACACCACUUUAGUUGUGCCCCUCAAUCUUUUUUAAAAUCGACGAGCAUUUUGUUAUGGCGCCACGAUUUAGUGACGGUAUUUUCUAUUAUUUUUCUAUAAGCAUCGGUAAUCGAUAACACACGUAUAGCCUGACGUAGACAAUCGUAAAUAUGGGUACAAAGCAUACAUGUCCAAAUAGUGUUGGGUCGUUAAUGUCCUACAUUAAAGUUUAUUGCUCUGGUUAGAGAAAUCGUAAUAUACCCAACACCUGUACUUGAACUAUCGUAAAUUCGUAAUAAAGCGUUCAAAUUGUACGAAUUUACUGAUUGUAAACUUAUUUAAACGUUGGUCUCUUUUAUUUCUAUAUCAGAUACUAAAAUAACUGCUGGAUCACGGGAUUUUCUAUAUUUACUAGUCAGGGAACAUAAGCAGCUGUUAGAGAUUCUUUUCCUUGUCAUUUGCGACAUUUGGACGGCGUCGCGACGCCUCCGCAUCACUUCCGAGCCAACAAAUUAUCAGAAAGAAUUUAGGGUUACUAUUUCUGUGUGUAGCGUUACGUGGGUUUUAAUUAGCGGCCUUUUUUUCAUAAAAAAUCUCAUCCAUUUUUUAAAUCGCGAAUCAAUAAUUGCCAUACAAUUUUAGUGGAAAGUUGGAAACGAAUAGCAGAGUUAGAAGAGAAGGCGGGUACAGGCGGAUAACACAUUUCUAUUGGAUAAUCUGAUGGAGGUCCCGCGCAAAUCCGGACUAUGUUGCUAACUAAAGACGUAUGCGCGCCCCCGGUUUUCAAAUCCAAAUCGGCGCAUUUCCUUGACCACUACAAGAAAACCUUUGGGAGUCGUGAAGCUUCCCAGACGAAUGUACUCAGUUGUCAUUAGCUGUUCAGAAACGAUUUUUAAUUAGUUAUAUAAGUAGGUAACAUAAAUCGACAAGUAUAGCUUAUAUGUGAUUAAAAAUAACGGAAAUUGACAGAGGAGUAUAUUUUUUCGUGUAACCAUUCGAUACGAUUGACAUACCGAAAAAAGAAAUAAAAUGUAUAGAUCAUUAUAAUGUGAAAACCACAUCAGAGCGGGUAAAAUAAACUUAAAUGGGUCAUUAUAAAAAUGAACAUAAAACGUAGAAAAGUGCUGUUUUUAGAGUUACUUCGUGUUGGUUGCCAUCCUGUAACAUUAUCGCGUACGAAGAGGUUUUCUAUUAACCAUUUUUGUGAUAGUUACCCUCUUAAAUGUACGAAAAUUGAUUUUUUUAUCGAGAGAGUUCACAGUGUGGUCAAUUCAAUAUUUCAAUGUAAAGCGCCUUUUCAUCUGGGUAAUAGACCUUCGCCGGUGUGGUGGGAUGAGGAAUGUGCAAGGGUAGUAGAAGAACGCACUCAUCACUUUUAAGAAAAAUCGUAUCUAGAAAAUUAUAUAAUAUGCCAAGAAAAGUUUGCCUAUUCCAAGAGGUUUCUGAAACACAAAAAGAAAAAAAGUUGGAGACAAAUGUGCAACGAAAUAAAUAGGAAUAACCCUAUUAGUGAAGUGUGAUGUGUCAAUGUUGAACGAAAAGACUUUUCGUUCAACAUUUUCACGAUCCUAUUCCUGAAGUCGCUCGCAUCUUAAAAAAAACAUAGAUCGUAAAUUGACACAAGGUGUGCUGUGAUCGACAAUCUUUUCUACUUCUUUCUACUACUUCUUUUACUACUGUUGAUAAAUCAUUUUUGGAGGAUGUAAUUAUUUUUUGUGUCCCUUAUCACGUUGUUUAAAGAAUUUCGCAUUUUUUUGUAUCUUUCCCUAUAUUCUAAGUUAGGUAUUUGGACUUGUUUUCCAUUUUUGGUACAAUUUGUCUUUUUCUAUUAUCUUUCGAUAUAAUGUGUCAGUCAUCCAUGUUUUAGUAUUUUUUCUUGAUUUUUUCUGUGUAUCUUGUACUUCAUUUCCGUUGUAUAAGGACUUGAAAGUGUUGAUAAUAUUUUUGGUAAAUUUACAAUGUUAUCUUCUAGUUCACUCCAUUCGGUAUGCUUUAACAUUUUUGACAAAUUAUUUUCUGCAUAUUUUUGAUUAGUAGGAUUAGAUAAUAGCGAUGACUUACUGAAAAGGUUUGAUUCCAGAUGUGGAUGUGCUUAAUUACUGCCGAUUUAACUGUUUUUAUAUUUAAGGGAAUGAAGAUGUGAUCUAAGAGAGAUUGGUGUAGAAUGCUUUCCCUGAUUCCUCUCGGGUUAUGCCUCUUCAAUUGCAGAUUAAUGUUCGUGUCCCCAAUUAAGUUAUAUCAAAGAUUAAGAAAAUCGGAUCUCAAAGCCUUCCCCAUAAAUUUAUUGUUGUACUCUUAAAACACGACUAUAUUUUCGGCGAUAAUCGCCAUUAUCAGGUGAACUAUACAUUAAUUAAACUUACAGAAUUGAUCUCGAUUACGAGCUGGUUACUCAUUACGUUUUUUUAUUUGAGUCUAAGAAGUUUCCGCAAUUGUCUGCAUAAUCUUUGUCUUACUAUACUGUUGACUCCAUGUGAAAAAUAUUUUACUGUCUACAUUUUUACUUUUUUUUGGAAAAGAUAGAUAUAAUAUACGUUGAUUGAUGUAACUCGACCUCGAGAGCUGCGCAUAUAGGUAAUUAUGAAACCGUUGUUUAAAGAGUUCACUUUUCGUUUCUCUUAUGUCCUUAUUUCAUCUAUUUUUAUAUUUUCUGUAGUCUUUUUGGAUAUUUAGGCAUAUAAUUUCUUGAAGAGAGUAUCUCUCUUUUUCUCUUUAUGUACAGAGCUUGAGUUAUCCACGUCUUGCUUUGUUGUCCGUUGUUUUUAUUUGGAAUGUGUGUUAGUUUAUUUUCGUUAUAUUGUUAAUG